UUAGACUUUGCAAUAUUCGUAAAUACAUCAUUGAAAAACUUGUGAAAUUUCCAUUAAAAAAAUAUUAUUUAUUGUUUAUAACAAAAAUCAAGUGAAGUAAAUCAAGCAGUUAUUAAAUAAUAAACAUAAAAAUGGGUCGGCGUUCAAUAAAUACUACCAAAAGUGGGAAAUAUAUGAAUCCUACUGAUCAAGCUCGUAAGGAAGCAAGGAAAAAAGAAUUGAAAAAAAAUAAAAAACAAAGACAACUUGUAAGAGCUGCUGUAUUGAAAGGGAAAGAUCCUAUACAAAUUAUUGAAGAAAUGGAGAAAAUAGAUCAAAUGGAAUAUAACGUUAUGCAACCACCACCUUUAAACGAAAAAGUUUUAAAAGAUAAACGAAAAAAAUUAAAAGAAACUUUGGAUCGUGUUUUAAAUAUGUAUGCCAAGGACGAUAAAGAAAAAUGUUUUGAAUUAAGAGAACAAUUAAUUCAAUAUGAAAGACGUCGAAUCGAUUUGGUAACUUAUUUCGAAGCGGUAAGACAUGCCCAACAAGUUCAAGUAGAUGAAAUUCCACUACCUUCAACAAAUACUGACAUAUCUCGAAUGUAUUCAGGUACUCUUGCAGCUCAAAUUCCAUUACCAGACAUUCCACAGCCACCAAAUGUUAUGUAUACACAUUCAAAUUACUUGCCUCAACAUCAUCCUUUAAUGAAUAUCCCUGUACCUCCGAGUAUAUUGAAGAAAACAAGUAUAUAUUCUGAUAUAUCUGGAGCAACUGUGUCAGCAGCUAAUAAAGAACCACCAGGAGUACCACCUUUUCCACCACCUGAUCUUUCUCUUGAAGAAGAAUUUCUGUCUGAGAAGUCAAAGGAUAAUUCUCAAAAACUGCGAUCAAUUCGAUUUGCCGAUGAAAAAGAUGAUAAUAAACAUGAAUCAGAUGAUGGUGAUAAAAACUUAGAUAAAGAAAGUGACAAGGAUAGAGAAAAAGACAAAGUAAAACCUACAUCUGUACAACAAAAAAUGUUAGCAAUGGCAGGCCAGGAUAUUGAUCAGUUUAUGCGAGAAAUGGAGGUAGUCCAUAAGAAAAAGGAAACCGAAAGGGCUCAAGAUUUAAAUAUAAGAUUGUCAAUGUUAGAAUCUGAGGAAGAUAAAACGAGUAAUAAGACAGAUCAUGAAAAUAUGGAAUUUUCUAGUUCAUUAAAUCAUAUGACAGCUGUCUCAGGUCAUCACCAUCAUCCUCAUGUUCAGCAUCCACAACAUUCUAUAUCAUCAAUGGGAAUACCACCUCCUCCACUUCUCUAUCGACCACCACCACCAAUGCAUCUUCGAAUGCCUCCACCUCCACCGCCAAGGAUUGGCUUGAGAUUACCACCUGGACCUCCACCAGGCAUGCCACGAAUGUUGAGACCAGGACCUCCAAAUUUACCUCGUAUUCCACCACCACCACAAAUGCAAGUUUCAAACUUGUCGAACUUACAGAAUAUGUCGAAUAGUCAAAUACAAAAUAACAGUAAUAAUAAUUCUCAACAAAAAACGCCAAAUGUAUUAUCAGCUGCUCCACAAUUAAUUAAUAGAAAAGAUAAAGACAAUAAAUCUACAACUACGAUAGAAGCAAAACCACAAAUAAGAAAUUUAGCAGCUGAUGUUACGAGAUUUCUUCCUACAUCAUUACGAGUUAAACGUGAUGAUCGUCGUAAAACAAAUAUCACGCGAGUAUCAGAAAAAAUUAUUGAAAUACCAUCUGCUAAGGUAAUACAAACGAAGACUAAAGAUGAUGCAUACAUGCAAUUUAUGCAAGAGAUGGAAGGAUUAUUGUAAUUUUUACUCUUAGUGUUAUUUAUUAAUAUCAGCAAUGAUCAUGAUUCAAAAUUAUUUCACCAAUUGCAUUAUAUAUAAAUGUUUGUGAAUUUUUUUCCUCAAUUUAUCUAAUCAUAAU